AUGUCAGCAGCACGUUUGUAUUGUGGUUUUCGUUUGUUUUCAAUAAAUUCAGCACAAAAUGCGUUGAAUAAAAACCCCCUGGGUGGAAAGAGCCUGGUGGAGAGCGUUGGCGUAACCAAAAAUGGAAAAACAAUUGUGGCCUGGCAUCCGGACACUUCAUUUCCUUAUGAGCAUACAAAACCUCUGCCGGUGUCGGUGGAGGCGCAGAACUCGCAGGUAAUUAAGGAGACAGCGCUUCAGACAGCAAUAAGCGCAUUCAAGAAUAAGCAACCUGAGGUGGCGCGCCAGGAGCUAAUGCAACUAACACAUACAACAAAGCAUCGUUGGUUUCCACGGGCUCGCGACAAGAAGGCCAAAAAAACACCCAUGGAUCGCCCGUAUUUGUAAAUUUGUAUUGCAUAAGUGCAAAGCAAAGUCGUUAGAGUUUAUUCUAAACGUUGUCUUUUAAUAAACACAUUUAGUAAAUCGGAAA